AUAGAGAUGGAUUUCUUUGGUGGGAAGCUUUUGGGGGUUACUGCAACGAAUGCACUUGAACUAGGGAUUGACGUUGGCCAUAUUGAUGCUACGCUACAUCUAGGAUUUCCUGGUAGUGUUGCUAGCUUGUGGCAGCAAGCUGGGCGGUCUGGAAGAAGGGAAAAUGCAUCAUUGUCUAUAUACAUUGCAUUUGAAGGACCUCUGGAUCAGUAUUUCAUGAAAUUUCCGCAGAAACUUUUUGGAAGGUCUAUUGAGAAUUGUCAAAUUGAUGUUCACAACAAGCAGAUUUUAGAGCAACAUAUUACUUGUGCUGCUUUUGAGCAUCCAUUGUCUUUGCAACUUGAUGCCAAAUACUUUGGUUCCAGGCUAGAGGAUACAAUAACAACCCUCAGGACUAAAGGGAACUUAGGUCAUGAAUCAUGCAUUACCUCUGUCAGAACAUGGGUUUAUGUAGGGCGUGAGAAAAUCCCUUCACAUCCAAUUGGCAUCCAUUCAACAGAAAAUGAUAAGUAUCAAGUAAUCGACGAGACUACAAGUGCUGUGAUCGAGGAGAUUGAAGAAAGCAAAGCCUUCUUUCAGGUUUAUGAAGGUGCUGUCUAUAUGCAACAAGGGAAAUCUUACCUGGUUAGAGUGAUAGAUUUAUCUGCAAAGAUUGCUAUGUGUAGAAAAGUGGAUUUGAAGUACUACACAAAAACACGUGAUUAUACUGAUAUUCAUGUUUUUGGUGGUGAAUAUGCAUAUCCUGCUAAGAUGACUGGAAUGAACUAUCAGAGAACAACAGCUCGGGUGACUGCAUGUAAAGUAACAACCAAAUGGUUUGGCUUCUAUAAAAUUUGGAGAAGAACUAACAAGAUCUUUGACAAAGUUGAUCUAUUUCUACCAGAAUAUUCUUAUGAAUCUCAGGCUGUUUGGAUUCGUGUUCCUGAACCAACCAAAAUAAAGGUGGAAGCUCAGAAUCUUCCAUUACGCACAGGGCUUCAUGCUGCUUCUCAUGCAAUACUUAAUUUGGUACCUUUGUGUAUAAUGUCAAAUUCUUCAGACUUGGGGACAGAGUGUGCAAAUCCACAUGAAUCUCGUUAUUUUCCAGCAAGACUACUCUUGUAUGACCAGCAACCUGGUGGAGUUGGUAUUUCAGCACAGGUACAACCACUAUUUGGAGACCUUUUAAUUGCUUCAUUGGAACUUAUUAGAUCAUGUAGCUGCUUGGGAGAUAAAGGCUGUCCAAACUGUGUGCAGAAUUUUUCUUGUUCCGAGUAUAAUGAAGUUCUGAGCAAGACUGCUGCCAUUUUAGUUCUUGAGGGUGUCAUUGAGUCGGAAAAUUUAAAGGCAACAUGAAGUGGAGAAGGAACUGAAACAUCUCCACGACCAUAGUACCAAGUGGCUGCUAGAAUGUGGUUCUGGCGUAACACUGACACAUUCAAGUGACUGGAGCUGGUGUAAAGACAUCUUGCAAUAUAGAUUACGAGGUGGAGGAUAGUAAAUCAAGAAGUUAUUAGCACCAUCAGAUAGCAAAGAUGUUGUACUCGUCAUACGCUUUUGCUAGCAGGAAAUGCAAUUAGUUCAUGGAGUAAUUGACAUCUGAAUGUACUUGGGGGGAGAUUAACAAUUUAUUCCACACAAAUAUAAUCUUGAACCUC